GGCGUUCUCUCUCCCCGGGGCGGAAGAGCACGCGCGAGGGGGUUGUACGCGCGUGGCGCGUAUCCGGGAAGGGCUGGCUCCGAGGUGGCAGUGGCGUCGGCGGUGGCGUCGGCGGUGGCGUCGGCGGCGGCGGCGGCGGCGGUGCGGGCCACGUGACCGCGGGCGGGCGGCGAGGCGCGAGGAAUCUAAAUCCGUCGGCGGAGCGCGGCGUCGCGGAAGCAGCGCGCGGCAGUCGAUAAUCGGCCGGCCGCUCGACGACGGACGCAGGCGCUCGAGCAGGCGCCCCAGCAGCAGCAUGAUCCGCGUCGACGAGACCGAUCCUGUCGGCGAGCUGGAGCCGAGCUUCCCGUACAGGGACGUGCAGGUGCGCAAGGGCGUGGACUUCAAGCAGCACUACGACAUCGAGUCGGAGAUCGGCAGAGGCAAGUUCGGCACGGUGUACAGAUGCAAGGAGAGGAGCACAGGUCUGGCGCUGGCGGCCAAGGUGGUGAACGCCGGCAGGAAGGAGGACCGGCGCGCCGUCGAGCGCGAGGUGGAGAUCAUGCGCCGGUUGCAGCACCCCAGGCUCAUCCAGCUCUACGACGCCCUGGAGAACGCCAAGCAGAUCUACGUGGUGCUCGAGCUAAUCGCGGGAGGCGAGCUGUUCGAGCGGGUGAUUGACGACGACUUCGUGCUGACGGAGCGCAGCUGCGCCGUGUUCAUGCGUCAGAUCUGCGAGGGCAUCGAGUUCGUGCACUCGCAGAACAUCCUCCACCUGGACAUGAAGCCGGAGAACAUACUGUGCCUGACCAAGGAGGGCAACCGCAUCAAGAUCAUCGACUUCGGUCUGGCGCGCGAGUGGGAUCCCAAGAAGAAGCUGCAGGUGCUGUUCGGCACGCCCGAGUUCGUCGCCCCGGAGGUGGUCAACUUCGACCAGAUCGGCUUCGGCACCGACAUGUGGAGCAUCGGCGUCAUCUGCUACGUCCUCUUGUCGGGUCUGUCGCCGUUCAUGGGCGACACGGACAUCGAGACGAUGGCCAACGUGACGAUCGCCAAGUACGACUUCGACCACGAGGCCUUCGCCGACAUCUCGGAAGACGCCAAAGACUUCAUCAAAGGACUCCUCGUGAAGGACAUCACAGAGCGGGCGAGCGCCCUGCAGUGCCGCGAGCACCGCUGGCUGGCCCGCGGGACCGCGACCGGCCGGCGGCGGCAGCAACAGCACCUCCGGCCGCAACAGCAGCAGUCGGCGGCGCCGGCGCAGGCCCCGGGCGGCGACGCCGAGCUGGACGCCAGCAAGGACAACCUGCGGCUGUUCGUGGAGCGCUGGCGCGAGCACCCGCACAGCCCGUACGCCGUGGAGGGCGCGGCGGCCGAGUGGCCGCGCAGCGCCUCGCUGCGCGGCGCCAGCAGCCCCUCGCCCUGCGGCAGCGUGUGCAGCGAGGCGAGCGCCGCCAGCGCCGCCAGCGCCGAGUCGCGGGGCGCCGCGGGCGCGCUGCUCGCCGUGCCGGGCCUCGAGCGCCGCGCCUCCGAGGGCCGCGCCACCGACGCGCCCCGCAAGAUCGACCCGGCCGCGCAGAUCCUCCUCGCCGAGGAGAUCAUCCGGCUGUCCGAGCACCUGCGCGCCAUCGCCGGGGGCCGGGCCUGCGAGCCGGCGCCGCCGGGGCCCGCCGCGGAGGGGCCGCGCCGCCCCACCGAGAUCGCCGAGAAGCUGGACGGCCUCGCGCGGCGCCGCCGGCUCAGGGGCACCGCCUUCGCCGGCAGCCGCCAGGCCGGCGGCAGCGCGCCGCCCGAGGUCGACCUGACGCCGCCCUGGCGCCGCCAGGCGCGCGCCAAGCGGCGCUUCGGCGAGACCUGCCGCGACGUGCCGCGGAUCGCCAGGCUGCGCGACCUGCACCGCGGCGUCAACCUCGACGAGCCCGCGAGCACCAAGGACCUGCUGCUGCGGCUGAUGGACGAGUGGGGCGAGCUGGGCCGGCCCUGCGGCCUCGGCGGCCGCAAGAGCGUCAGCCUCGACUGGUUCGGCGAGGAGUCCGUGGCGCGCAAGUCCAUCGACUCGCUGGCCGAGUACUUCCAGGCCGAGCAGCGGAAGGUCCGGCGCUGACAGGCCGCGCGCCCUCGCGAGAUCCUACCCCUCCCCCGCCCUCCGCCCCCCGCCCCCACCCGUGCUCGUUGUCGACAUUCCUGCGAUCGGUCCUGCUCGAGUGCCACUUUUUUACAUUGACCGAUGCGCGCGUGCGAGUGUGUCUACGUGUGUCGCCUUCCGGAAAUUGACGGCCUGUCCCCCGCACCCCUUCCCGUCCCCUGUACAUAUAUCCGUGGGUCCUGUACGCGAAAGCAACGGCUUAUUUUUGUAAUACUGCGACGCGAGCUUCUCUUCCCUCUCCGCGGUUUAGCGUCGGACGAGAGGCUCGCCACUCUGCGCCCCUUUCGUUACUCGUUGUAGACGCCGAGUCUGCGAGAUGUAAGAAUGAACACUGUGGAGAUUAGGACGUAAGGCGUAUUAAAGUAUUAUGCAAACCGACAAUUUUGUCUUUGACUCUACUGCUCAGCCGCCCCUCCCAGCCGUACGCGCGCGCUCCUCUACUCGACCUGCAGCCGAUCAGCGAGCGCCAACGUACUAAUGCUCCCUCGCCAACACCACUAACACAGGCGAGUGCUUACUAACCGCUGUGCGCUCGUGCAGCACACCGAGAUGCUUGCUCGCGCACUGAUCGC